CAACUAUUGUUUCCGCAUUUGAAUAAGGGAUUGUAGCUGUAACAUAUGCUUUUGCAGAUAGUGUGUGCAUACACUGCUGGUGCUAGUAUUGUGAAGGUAUAUUCUGUUUCUGCAUUGGGUGGAGUCCAGUACAUUGCAUCCCUCAAGAAGCCUUUACCCCAUAUACCAAUGGUUGCUUCGCAAGGAAUAACAACAGAUUCUGUAAGGCACUAUAUAACCAGUGCAGCUUCAGCAGUCGUUCUUUCAGGUGCCACAUUCAGUAGUACUACUACUGCAGAGAAAUUACAGCGAUACAUCAACUUGCACUUAAUGCUUCUUCGCAGGGGAAAGAAGCUGUGCGUGGGUAGAAGUGUUUUACUUGAAAGUGAAGAUUCUAUGCAGGGCAAGCUUUUGAGUUUUCUGGUUUCUUGAUAUCGUGUCUGUUUGUAGUACUACUACAAUGCUGCUACAGCAGCCAUGGUCAGUACCUUCACAUGCAAGUUAACUUCGAAUUGUCGAAGUAGCCCUCCUGAUGCUAAGAAUACGAUACCAGUUAUAAACUGAGCAGAAUACUUGGAAUGCCAUCAAAACCAAGAUCAAGACUGCAGCCAAAAGUGUCAGCGACUGCCAAGAAGCAAACACAUAUUGCCCCAUAAAUCUCCCAAUCCUCACCUUCCAUCGUCCAUUAUAAUACAAGUUCACUUCUGCAAUCACAUCAUCUAGAAAAGCCACUCUGGUCAGCCUAAUCGACUUGCUCAUCCCAUUCCACAAAUCUGCUGCCUCAUCAUCACUCUUCAAGUGAUUCAAUACCACGCCCCGCUCCCUCAGCAGCUUCACAUCCUCCCCAGUGUCAAUGAUCCCAUUCAUCAGCUCCGUGUAUCGUGUGAAAACCAGUGGGCCCACUGAUGCAUUCGAUGCCUCGUAUGCCACCAGGUUCCUCAACACGACUUCUGUAUUAACAUCUAAGCUAACUAUCGGCAGAUGCAGCUUCGAUGACUUGUUGUCGAAGCUAAUGCUCAAGAUACUGCUCACGGUUGGGACAAUAUGGACCCCGGAGCUUACGAGCUCUGUAACUGAUGGGAUGUUGAUUUCUUCUAGCAGUGGAGGUCGAUAGAGGUUGUUGUUUGAGUUGCUUGGCCCUGGUCUGCUGUCGUGGGGUGGUGACGAGAAGAUGAAAUACUCGACCGGGUGUCUAAGGAUGGCAAAACCAGGGAGGAGAUUGGUGAGGAUUGUGAAUGGCAAUCUGAGAACGAAUUUUACUGGUUUCGAUAGCAGAAGUCUCUUGAGAUGAUCUUUGUCUAGCUUGGAGGUAAGUCUCUUAACUGAUGUGAGGAGACCUUGAUUUGAUCUUUCGUUGUCGUUGCAUUCCGUUGAUGAAUCAUCUGCUUGCGUUAUUUGAUCUGCAGCAGCUGUUUCUUCUG